UGAACCUGUAGCGGCUUGACUUUCGAAGCUAUAAAAGCGGGUGACUUUAGCCACGCCGGCAGUUUGCGGGGAGACGACGAGUCGUGGCUCCAGAUCAAGACACCGACUUCUCGCCACCGACGGCCACUUCACCUUGACCAACUUCGCCAAGACGCCACGCCACCGACGGCCACUUCAUCAAGGCCAACCAACUUCAUCUUGACCAACCAACUGCAAGAUGCACUGGACAGGGCGAAUGUCAAAGAUGAAUCAUCUAUUUCUACUUGUUCUGACACUGACGCUCCUGGCUGGAGCCGUGUAUCCAGCCGAGAGCCUGCCUUCCCAAGAACAGCGUCUGAAUAAUGAACAAGGUGCUUCACCUGACAUCGAGGAAUCGAAGGUUCUGCUUGAAGAACUCGAAGAAUUGUUGGAUGAAGAGCUAAUGACCAACAACAAUGGCGAUGAAGAUGAAAUAGCCCUACUUCCCGAGGAAAAACAUUCUGUGCCGACUGAUGACUGCUUGCUCAAAACAACCGACACCGCCUACCGAUACCGAUGGGAUGUACCCCAGCUUACGGGCACGCGCUUCACUUUUCAAGCAUCUGCACGAAACGAUGUCCACGUUGGCCUGUCGUCAGUUCACCACGACGUGUCGGACAUGUACGAAAUCGUCAUCGGUGGAUGGCGAAAUACAAGAUCAGCCAUACGACGAAGAAAGCAAGGCCCCAAUCUCGCCUUUGUCUCGACACCAGGUAUCAACUCGCCAACAGAGUUAAGGACCUUUUGGAUAAACUGCGCCCCAGACGGAACCAUUUCCGUCGGAAAGGGUGAUGACGCUCAGCCGUUUAUGUCGUGGAGGGAUCCCAACCCGCUACGUGUCUCUUACGCUGGGUACUCUACAGGCUGGGGGAGUACUGGGCGCUGGAAGUUCUGCUCCAUCAGAGAUGACUGCUUGCUCAAAACAACCGACACCACCUACCGAUACCGAUGGGAUGUACCCCAGCUUACGGGAACGCGCUUCACUUUUCAAGCAUCUGCACGAAACGAUGUCCACGUUGGCCUGUCGUCAGUUCACCACGACGUGUCGGACAUGUACGAAAUCGUCAUCGGUGGAUGGCGAAAUACAAGAUCAGCCAUACGACGAAGAAAGCAAGGCCCCAAUCUCGCCUUUGUCUCGACACCAGGUAUCAACUCGCCAACAGAGUUAAGGACCUUUUGGAUAAACUGCGCCCCAGACGGAACCAUUUCUGUCGGAAAGGGUGAUGACGCUCAGCCGUUUAUGUCGUGGAGGGAUCCCAACCCGCUACGUGUCUCUUACGCCGGGUACUCUACAGGCUGGGGGAGUACUGGGCGCUGGAAGUUCUGCUCCAUCAGAGAUGACUGCUUGCUCAAAACAACCGACACCGCCUACCGAUACCGAUGGGAUGUACCCCAGCUUACGGGAACGCGCUUCACUUUUCAAGCAUCUGCACGAAACGAUGUCCACGUUGGCCUGUCGUCAGUUCACCACGACGUUUCGGACAUGUACGAAAUCGUCAUCGGUGGAUGGCGAAAUACAAGAUCAGCCAUACGACGAAGAAAGCAAGGCCCCAAUCUCGCCUUUGUCUCGACACCAGGUAUCAACUCGCCAACAGAGUUAAGGACCUUUUGGAUAAACUGCGCCCCAGACGGAACCAUUUCUGUCGGAAAGGGUGAUGACGCUCAGCCGUUUAUGUCGUGGAGGGAUCCCAACCCGCUACGUGUCUCUUACGCCGGGUACUCUACAGGCUGGGGGAGUACUGGGCGCUGGAAGUUCUGCUCCAUCAGAGAUCAACGAACCUUUACUGACCCAAACCUUGCAUCAGGGAGACCUACACAUCAGUCGAGCACAGGGCAUGAAGGCGACCCGGCUCGAGCUGUGGACGGAAACAGGAGUCCUCACUGGGCUCACAAUUCCUGCACACACACGAACGAAGAAAACGACCCAUGGUGGUACGUCGAUUUGGGACAUUAUGUCACUGUGGACCACGUCACCAUCGUCAACCGCCGUGACUGCUGCUCUGAAAGGAUCACACCCUUCGACGUCCACGUUGGGUACAGCACUGACGUGGCCAGCAACCCGAGGUGUGGCGGGCAUCACCACUUCCCUCCGACUGAGACCGAGCAUGCUGUCAACUGCGGCGGACUGAGGGGCAGGUACGUGGGCAUCAGGCUGCCGGGGAAGAGGCGAAUCCUGACGCUGUGCGAGGUGGAGGUAUAUGCAGCUCCAAACCUAGCGCUGGGAAAACCAACGUCCCAGUCGAAUGUCGCACAUAACGGGUUUGCCUCCCGAGCGACUGACGGAUGCAGGGACCCGAACUGGGGUAGCCAGUGCUGCACCCACACUCCAGCGGAGGCGAACCCUUGGCUGCAAGUGGACCUCGGAACCUCGGUCAGAGUCCAGUGGGUGGUCAUCAUGAACCGCGCGGACUGUUGCCGAGAGCGACUCAGCCCCUUCUCCGUCCACAUUGGAAACAAUGCGCGCGUAGACCAGAACCCUCGCUGCGGCGGGCAUCACACCAUCCCCGCUGGUAAGGACAAGGAUGCCAUCAACUGCAACGGACUGACAGGACGAUAUGUGGGGAUCCGACUGCCCGGCUAUGGCCGUAUCCUGACAGUCUGCGAGAUAGAAGUCUACGCAGGUAUGUAA